UCUAAUGCUUUCUUCUUCUUGUUCCCGAUAGUCCAAAAUUUUAACCUUUCUGGUUAGAGGAAAUUAAUCGAAAUAUAUGUACAUAUGCUAUAUAUAUAUGUAUGUAUCAAUUACAAGAAAACGAAAGGAUUCUUACAUGCACAUAGCUCUCAGAUGAAGAAUUCAGGCUCGUAGAAGACUGAUCGUUAGUAUAUUGCACCGCAUUUGCGCUUCGUUGAUACCCCUAAAAAAUUGAGAAGCAAGAGCAGAGUUAACAACCGUAAAGCGAACGUACCAAGCACGACGGCGGCAGCGGAAGCCGCACAUCCGGAUAAUAGCCCCCUAGUGAACGAAGUGAUGUGGCUGGCUCUGCUUUGCAUUGCAUUCUUCUCAAAGCCUGUUGCCUUUUGGCUUGUGUCCACAUCUGACCAACGCCUCUCUCUAGCUUACGCUCUUCUUCGCUUCGUUUGUGCAGCCAAAAGGCACGUAAACUGGUUGAGGUUUGCUGCCGUUGUCGACGAUCGUAAUGGCGUCGCCGUAGAGUAUCUCGAUGUGGCCGUAUUUUAGUCUGGGUGUAGCGUUUGAGGUGCGCAAGUCGCUACGGCAGCAGCUGCAAUAUGGAGUUACGUUUCAGCGCGUCACUUGUCCCGUCACCGUCUCCGCCCCCGCAUGCGUCCUUUACCAACACUGCAAAGCUACCGAUCGAAACGGUGAAGCGGCUUAUUGCUGCCGUUUCGCGCAGGCCAGUGUUGUGGUUGCGCAAUAACUGUGGCGGUGGUGGAGCGGCUCAAAGGCGGAGUGAUAUUACGCCAAUUUGGAAUGAAGUCGGACAGGAUGUGAACCUACCAGCCGACAUUUGUCGUAUAAAGUGGGGUCAUUUGCGGGACAACUUUCGUAAGGUGUUCAUACGGAAUAAUUUGUCCCAAGAGACACCCUCUUCUUGGCGUUUCUAUAAUGAUAUGCGGUUUAUGGAGCGUGCUGUUUCAGAGAAUAUAAUGCGUCAGACGCGGAAAACGGCCGGCGGUAAAAGGGGAAAUGCCCCAAAUUAUUGGUUGGAUAGCAACAGUUCACCAGCGUUGGAAAAAUGUGAAUCAAAUGAAGUAAAUGUUCCCAUAUGCGAAUUGAACGAGAGCUAUGACGCGGAACUUCAUCGCCCAAGUUUUUCCGACAUCUCUGCCUUCUUUGAAGACAGUCAAACAUCGCCACAAAACAAGCGCAUCAAAUUGGAACCGAGAAGUGCUGCAGAUUCUGAUGAUGAUUUCGACGAGGAUGCAGCUUCUGACAACGAGGAUGAGCGAAAUGCAAAACAUACUGAGACCGUCUCUACGCCUGAUGCAGGUGUUUUCACCAUCGAGGUUCUGGACGAUGAAGAUGAAUUGGCGAAUCCACUGCCCAAGCUUGAGGAACCCAAGUCGAAUGACGUAUCCCAUAUUAACUUACCGGCUCAGCCGACAAAUUUGCCAUUCAAAUAUAUUAGUACUGAUGCAUCCACAAACACAGAAGGCAAUUUCGGUCAGGAGGAUGAUGCCGAUCGCUUAUUUCUUUUAAGUCUGAUGCCUUUUCUACAGAAAGUGGAUGAGCGUCGGAAACUGCGCGUGCGCCAAAAGUUGCAAAAUGUUUUGGUUGAGGAGCUGGAAUUCGGUUAACCAAAAUUUUGUAGCGCGUAGUCUGGCUUUAUCCACAACUUACAUACUAUGUACAUAUAUUAUUACAACAUAAGCAUAGCUUUCACUAUUACAUUUAUUAUAGGACUGAUGUAAAUUAAAAGAUCCACGGGUUUUCUAACAGAGGAAACUUAAA